CAAAAUUAAGCCAAAGCCCGCAGAGAAAAGCGCGUCGAUCGCGGCCGCUAGCUAUGGGGGCACCACCGGAGCUGCUGGAGAGCAUCACCAACUUGGAUUUGGAGGUGCAGAAAGCCUUCGAAGGUCUCCGGAAUCAGAUCCAGGGGCUCCAGCAACUGGCUCGAGGGCUGGAAGAGCACAACGAGGAGGGUGACACAGAAGUUUGGCAGCUUUCGCACGAGGAUGCGGCACUGCUGGGCGAAGAAUCACCGCUCACUCCUGAGGCGCUCAUUUUGCAACGCAGCGUGCGGAGCCACGAGCAUGGGAUCCACGGCCCCUCACAGCUGCGCUUAAACUCGCACAUGAUGGAGCUCUCAAUGAAGGCCUCUGAAGCCGUGGACGCGCUGGGACACAGCAACUGGAAACCUUCCGUGUUGAACGGCCUCGCGAGGCACUCUGUUUACUCAAUGGCCAAUGCGAGCCAAAGUGCCAGCGGGAUCGUACUACCUGGCUGCGGGCGGGUGAAAGCGGUCCCGCCAGAUUCAAAGUUCCGCAUUGCUUGGGAUCUCUUCGGCAUGAUGUUGAUGGUGUGCGAUGCGUUCGUGCUGCCAGUUUGCAUGGCGUGGGACUUGAACAUCACGCCCUUUCCACAGACUUACUGGGAGCGAGGCAUGUUGCAGGUCUUUGCCAUCGUGUCGUUGGCUUUUUGGCCGCUGGAUAUUGCUCUCAACUUCUUCACCGGCUUCCACGUGAAAGGUCAUUAUAACUAUGCCCUGUGGGCGAUUGCCAAGCGCUACAUGAUGACAUGGUUUGCCUUCGACUUGUCGGUCGUCACGAUCGAUUAUGGUGCAGCUUUUACGAUCACCGGCACUGAAGACGAUGCCGCUGGCUUUCUGCAGCCACUGCGCUCUGCACGGUACCUACGAGUCCUGCGGAUGGUCCGGAUAUUGCGGAUUUUGAAGGCUGGAAAGGUCAACGUGAUGCUCGAGAACCUGGUGAUCGCCAUGGGCCGACAAUGGCUGAUCCUAGCCUUCACGGUGGGGAAGAUGCUCAUGGCGAUUGGGCUGGUCACGCACAUUUUGACCUGCUUGUGGUUUUGGCUGGGGAAGUUGGUCCACGAGGAAGGCAUUCGAAAGAGUUGGCUGGAUUUGGCGAACGUCACCGAGCUGGAUUUGGGCCUCCAAUACGCACAUUCCGCCAGCUGGAUCUUGUUGCCACCUUCGCCUCCGACGCUGGAACCCGACAGCCGUGUGGAGCGCCUGGCGAGUCUCAUGUGCUUCGUCACUACAGUCCUGGUGAUCGGUUCCGCCUUGUCCAUUCUCACGGGCACCUUGAACGAGAUUCGCCAGGUGAAUAACGAGCGUAGCAAGAAGCGGCGGGAGCUGCGGAUCUUCCUGCAGACCCGGAGGGUUCCCACUGAACUGUUGAUGCGCGUCAUGAGUUAUGCAGACUACAAGAUCGCUCGUCACAGUCCUGUCAGCUAUGACAGCAGCCUUAUAUCUCCCAUGUUGGAGGCCGAACUGGCUAUUGUGAACUUCGGCAACAUCCUGACCGAGCACCCGGUCUUCAAUAUGGUCCGCACACUAUUCCCAAACAUCUUCGCUGAUUUGUGCAACUCGUUGGAGAAGAGAUACUUUUGCGAGAUGGAGUAUGUGUUUCACGCAGGCACGCUUGUGGAAAUGAUGUACAUCACCAGUCAUGGCACUUUUUCCUUGAUGAAGGACAAGAAGGCAUCCAAAGUAAAUACCUUCACGGAUGAGCGGCACUACUUCGGGGAGGUGGCCCUGUACGUGGAAGCCGCUUUGCAUCCUUUCGCCCUUCAGACGGCUUCCUUUGCGGAGGUCUUUGUGCUUUCGGUAAGUAGAUUGACCAAUGUGCUGGUGAACUCACCCCUAUGCGCCACGAUGUUCGUGGAAUAUGCCACCGAUUUCAUUGGGCGUUACAAAGUGCCAAUGCAGCCAACUUGGGAGGAGGUAGAUGACCUUGUGAGGUUGCAGGAGGAAUGUGCUCGGGAGUCCUGUGCAAACAACUCCUUUGCCUUGCCCAUCAACCUGGACAGCCGGAAGUACUUGGCACACCUGGACUUGCGCUACAUCCAGGCCGAUCCGACUUGCUCUACCCAGGCCGCUCUGGAGACUCUGGAGGACUCGGAGAUGGAUCCGGCCAGGACGGUCCUGAAGGAGUUCAUCGCGGAGGUCGUCCACAGCGAGGAGGCCUCGGCGGCGGAGACUCUGUUGAAGCUCCGCGAAGCCUACGUGGAGUUGGACGUGAGGGGCCGAAAGCGAGUUCGAUGGAUCGAGAGGGAGCGAGAAGGAGGUCAGGUUCCUAGGCAGACCAAGGUCCAGGAUGGGCUACAUGCACGAUUCUCGGAGCCCAUGGAGCAAGAGCGGGCCGAAUCGGGAAUUCUGAGCCUCAUCGCAUUGGUGAGACGGGACUACGAAAUGUUUGUGACCCCCCAAAAGGCGGACAUGGCCCUGUCGCGGGCCCAAUGGGAUGCAUUGCAGGACAUCCUCGAGUGGGCGCAACCUAACCCUGACAAGCUCGCGGGUGCCAUGUUUUUGGUAGCCAUCAAAGGCUUAGGUAAGUUCAGGAGCCUCACGGGGCAAAUGCCCCGCGAAGACCAAAGGCCCGAGAAAGCUUUGCUCUACUUGUUGCGGUUUCAUCCGCAUGCGGUGCCGAGCUUGAAUGAGAUGAGCGAGGAGGCGCAGGAGUUUGUGAUCGGAAUCUUGGAGCUUCAACAGUCCUUCAACUUUGCUCAAAUGCUCCAGGCCGAGAAUGUGCCCGCCAACCUAGCGAAGCUUCAAGCACAAAUUCGAGAGCGACAAGGCAUUGAUCUCUUGAAGUUUUACGUGCUCUUUCUCUUGGCCUUCAUGAGUGGUUUAGCUGGCGGACGGGGAUCACGCCUCUCACCUGAAGCCUGA